AUGUCCAUUAUUUCUUCAGUAGCCUUCGUCCCUCGUGGAUUCGCUGCAGAAUUCCCCAAAACUUAUGAAUUGGAUGAAGCAGAAUAUGAGAGGAUAAACAAUAUUUCCAAGUUGAAGCUUGAAGACGCUCGUGCUCAACUUGAGAACCCAGAUAAUGAACAGGAAAAUAACGAAGAAGCACUUACUGACUCGGAAGAUCAAACUGCUUCCUCAGGUGCAGGAGUUCAAACGGCAGAGGAAGUAGAUGAUGAACUCAAAGAAUACCAGUUGGAUAAUUACGACGAUGAGGAAGAGGAAGAGCAAGAUGAUAGUUUGUCAGCAUUUAGCAAUAUUAAAGGAAUUCAAUACCAUGAAAAUGGAGAGAAUGAUCCUUAUGUGACAAUGAAUACACAGGAAGAAGAACAAGUGGAACGUGAAGAGAUGCAAAUUUACCCUACAGACAACCUUUUGUUGGCUGCACGUACAGAGGACAACAUGUCCCAUGUCGAAGUAUAUUUGUAUGAAUCAAAUGAAGAAAAUCUCUAUGUUCAUCACGACUUUCUUCUUCCAUCUUUCCCUUUGUGUUUAGAAUGGCUUGAUUACAAGGUUGGUACUUCUGAUGAUACACCCGGGAACUACGUGGCUGUAGGAACAUUUGAUACUGAAAUUGAGAUUUGGAAUUUAGACGUGGUUGAUGCGGUUUACCCAGCUGCUGUUUUAGGUGCAAGUGGUGCAUCCUCAACUUCAAAUAAAAAGAAGAAAAAGGCUCCCAAGGUGAACCCCAAAACCCACACCGAUGCUGUUCUUGCUCUUUCUUCGAACCGCAACGCUCACAAUCUUUUGGCCUCUGGUUCCGCAGACUCUAGUAUUAAGCUUUGGGAUUUGGCAUCUUGUACUUGCGUAAAAUCCUUUACUUAUCACACCGAUAAAGUCUCCUCUUUAUCCUGGCAUCCCAAAAUGCCCUCUGUUUUGCUUUCUGGUAGUUAUGAUAAGACAGUUAGAAUUGCCGAUUUGCGUGCUGACGCUGCUCCUUUAUCAAUUACUAUUGACAGUGAUGUUGAAAAUGUGGCAUGGGAUCCUCACAAUGAAAACAACUUUUUCAUUGGUUCUGACGCCGGUAUACUGUACUACUGUGAUGCUAGAGACAUGAGCAAACCCGUUUGGCAACUACAAGCGCACGACGGCCCUAUUUCUUGUUUGAGCAUCAACCCCAACAUUCCUUUCUUUGUCGCUACCGGUUCGACUGAUCGAAUGGUCAAAUUGUGGAAUACAUCUGACAACGCCCCUAAGUUGGCGGUUUCUCGUGACCUUGACGUUGGUCGUGUGUUUACUUGCUCCUUCAUUCCUGAUGAACCUGUUGCCUUCCAUUUGGCUGCUUCAGGAAGUAAGGGCCUUGUUCGCGUUUGGGAUACUGCAACAAAUUCUGGUGUCAGAAGAGCGUUUGACACUCGUGUCAGUAAAGACUCUGUUGCUUCCAAGGAACGGGUUGUUCAAUUGGACGACGCAGCUGCCAAUGAUGACUCUGACGAAGAAGAUGAAUAUGAGGAUAUUGAAGCAAACGACGAGGAUGAUGAUUCUGCCGAUGAAGGUGAAGAUCAGGACAUGGCUUAA